AUGAUUACUACAUACCCUCAAACUUUACCUGCAUUACAAUCUUCCCAAAACCCACAGGCCCCUCAACCACACCCCCAGAAACCACAGCAGGAGCCACAACCAAGGCCUACUUUCCAGAGUUGUGAGGUAGCACAGAGCCAGAGAAUCCCAUGUGGAGGUUCUGGUAUUUCUGCUGCUGCAUGUGAAGCCAUUAGUUGUUGCUUUGACGGCCGACAGUGCUAUUUUGGAAAAGCAGUAACUGUCCAGUGCACCAAAGAUGCCAAAUUCAUUGUUGUAGUAGCUAAAGAUGCCACUCUACCCAACGUUGACCUGGAGGCAAUUUCAUUAUUGGGAGACGGUCAAGGCUGCACACAUGUUGACUCUAAUUCACAAUUUGCUAUCUACCAAUUUCCUGUUACUGCCUGUGGCACCCUCGUCACGGAGGAACCUGGUGUUAUCGUCUAUGAGAACAAGAUGACUUGUGCUUAUGAAGUGGGAGUUGGACCUCGUGGAGCCACAACCAGAGACAGCCACUAUGAAGUGCUCUUCCAAUGUAGGUACAUCGGCACCUCUGCUGAAACUCUGGUUGUAGAAGUUCUACCACUGGAUAAUCCUCCUCUACCGGUUGCUGGUCUGGGACCCAUCAGCGUAAAGUUGAGACUGGCCAAUGGGAAAUGCACCACAAAGGGUUGUAAUGAAGGUGGGAUGGAUGUGGCCUAUACCUCUUUCUAUACGGAGGCAGACUAUCCUGUGAGAAAAGUACUGAGGGAUCCUGUGUACGUGGACGUUCAACUCCUUAGAAAGACAGAUCCACUCCUUGUUCUGACUCUUGGUCGCUGCUGGGCAACCACGAGUCCCGAACCUCACAGCCUGCCCCAGUGGGACAUUCUGAUAGACGGAUGUCCAUACAGGGACGAUCGCUACUUGUCGUCACUGGUUCCAGUGGAUUCGUCCUCUGGUCUGGAAUUCCCAAGUCACCACAAACGUUUCAUUUUCAAAAUGUUUACCUUCGUGAACCCCAGUUCAAUGGAACCCCUGAGAGAACUGGUCUACAUUCACUGUAGUACGGCUGUGUGCUACGCUGCUCCAGGCGCCAGAUGUCAACAAGUGUGUCUCCUCAGGAAAAGGAGAGAUACUGCAGCUGAGAGCCAGAAGAAGAGUGAACCAAAGGUUGUGGUUUCUUCUGGACCAGUGGCCAUGGUGCCUCCACAGCAGUGAACAGCAUCAAGCUCAGUUUUAGAAAAACAUUUGGACCACGGUUCAGUUAUUAGUAGCAUGAACUGUAAAGGACAUAAACUGUUAUGUAUCACAAAAAAAAAAAAAAGCUUUAAAUGUGCUGCAGGAAGAAUGAAAUGCUUCUGAUCAGAAUAUUGUAUUCCGAUUUAUAUUAAAGAAUUGGCCCAAACAUGCUGUAAAUAUUAUGCACACCACAUCUUUUGUUUAUCAAUGACAUAAAAACAGGAACCACUGAAACUGACUCACCGAAAAUGAAACAAAACAACAAAAUCUCAGAAUUAAGUUGUUAGAAAUCAUAUCAGCAAUAAAUGAAAUCUGAAUAGCUUAGAAAAAAAAAGUUCUAUCUUGUGUGGGGGUGUGAGAGCUCAAUUGAUUAAUUGUUCCAUUUACAAGUCAAGCAACAGUAACAAAAAGAACUGCAUGAAAAAACCUGAUACCUGAAGUAUGAAGUUGUUCUAAAUAAAAAACUUUCUGGAUAUUUACA